GUGUGAGGAAAAGUAUUAUCCGCUUUGUUUUUAGUUAGGAUAUUUUAUAUUUUUUGUUUUUAAAGGGUUUAAAUUUGUCGAAAGUGCGGUACUGUUUAGUAAAAUUCAUAAACACCAGAAGCUGUGUUGGGGAGUUUGUCCUGCUCUCUCUGCUUGCGCUUUUUAUAAGUAAAAAAGGUAGAAUAUUAUCAGGACAAACUAUGAACGACUGGCUCGGGAUAAUUUGACGUGUAUAAAUAGGUUUUCUGUAGUUUACCUGUGUCGCUUUCGUUUGUGUAAAUGUUAGCUAAGCUAACCCAAGCUAGCAACCGAGGAGGACCGGUGAGCAGCUGAUGAAUCCUGAUGGCUUCAGCUUCUGCUGCUAAUGAAGCAAAACGGUAUGAAGGUGACCAUCGUUUGGCUCCAAAAUACAGAGAUGGCAUUCUGGAGGACGCUACUAUUCAAAGACUGACCACCACCACCCAUAAUAAAGAUACCGCAUGGGUGAAAUUCACAAAACAUGCAAAAGAGAAAGAAGAAGAAGAAGGCGAGGAAGCCAUACCUGUUCAAAAACUUGUGAGACCAGGAUUGGACCAAUUUACCCAGGAGAAACCAGUGUUUCCUGGCAGCACCACUGACCUCAGUCUCUGCAUCCCUUUGGAGCUGAGUGAUGAAGACAGAGUCCCUUAUACUAUCAACAGAUACUUAAGGGAUUACCAGAGGGAAGGCAUCAGGUUCAUUUACAAUAACUACAUCCGUUCCACUGGUUGUAUCCUGGGAGAUGACAUGGGUCUUGGAAAAACUGUACAGAUCAUAGGUUUUCUUGCUGCUGUGUUGCACAAAACGGGCACGUGGGAGGACGUGGAGAAGAACCGACCUCAGUUUCUGCAGUCUCAGAUAUCCUCCAAGCAAAGUAAUCCGAGCAAAGUGUUUCUCAUUGUGGCUCCUCUGUCAGUGCUGUACAACUGGAAAGAUGAACUGGACACAUGGGGUUACUUCCAGUGUGUGGUCAUCCACGGACUGAAGAAAGAGGAGGAACUGGCUCGCAUCAAGAACGGUCGCAUUGAGAUUGCUCUCACCACCUAUGAGACGCUGCGGCUCUGUUUGGAUCAGUUCAACAAGUUGGACUGGUCAGCGGUGGUUGUUGAUGAGGCCCACAAGAUAAAAAAUCCAAACUCUCAGAUCACUCAGGCCAUGAAGGAGCUGCGGUGUAAGGUCCGAAUUGGUCUCACUGGCACCAUCUUACAGAACAACCUUGAAGAGCUGUGGUGUGUCAUGGACUGGGCCAUACCGGGUUGUCUCGGGAGCUUGGGACACUUCAAGAACAAGUUCUCAGAUCCCAUAGAACAAGGGCAGCGACACAGUGCAACCAAACGUGCCCUGGCUACAGCGAGGAAGACUGUCCGAGCUCUGGUGAUGAAGAUUUCUCGUUUGUUCUUGAGGAGAACCAAAGCCCUCAUCAAAGAGCAACUACCAAAAAAGAAUGACAGGGUGGUGUACUGUUCUCUGACAGACUUUCAGCAGACGGUGUAUCGGGCAGUGCUGGACACUGACGAUGUGACGUUGCUGCUGAGAUCUUCAGAGAAAUGUGACUGCCAAAGCGGACGCACCCGCAGAAGCUGCUGCUAUGAUAAAAACUCUGAAGGUGUUUCAACAAAGGAGCUCUACUUUAGUUACCUGGCUAUAUUGAGGAAAGUUGCUAACCACGCAGCUCUCCUUCAGUCUAAUCCAGGUACCAGUAAAAAACAGGAAAAAUACGUGAAUUCCGUUUGCACAAAGGUUUUUCAGAAGUUUCCAGAGUUUGUAUGGAGAUGCAAAAAUGAAGCAUUUGAGGCUCUGUCGGAUCCAAUGUACAGUGGGAAAAUGAAGGUUUUGCAGAAGCUGCUGAAAUAUUAUCUACAAAAGAGAGAUAAAGUGCUGAUCUUUUCAUUUUCGACCAAGCUGUUAGAUGUUUUGGAGAGCUACUGCAUGGCGGAGGGACUGGAUUUUAGCCGGUUGGAUGGAUCCACCAAAUCCAAAGAAAGAGUCCAGAUUGUCAAAGACUUCAACAGCUCGUCUCACAUCAACCUCUGCCUCGUUUCCACCAUGGCAGGUGGUCUUGGUCUUAACUUUGUAGGUGCUAAUGUAGUGGUGCUGUUUGACCCCACCUGGAAUCCAGCCAAUGAUCUUCAGGCUAUUGACAGAGCGUAUCGCAUUGGCCAGUGCAGGGAUGUAACUGUCUUUCGUCUGAUCUCCCUGGGAACUGUAGAGGAGAUCAUCUACCUCAGACAAGUUUACAAACAGCAACUGCAGUGCUCUGUUGUUGAAAAGGAGAGCGCUCGGCGGUAUUUUGAGGCGGUGCAGGGAAAUGGUGUCUACAAAGGGGAACUGUUUGGGAUCAAAAAUCUGUUCAGGCUGCAGACUGAAGGAACGUGUCUGACCCGSAGGAUUCUGGAGCGAGAAGGAGAAGUGGAGGCCGGUGUGGUGACAACGAGAACACACAGAGGCGACCAGAAUGAGGGGGAGACAAAGGCAGAUGGCGAACCUGGAGAUCUGCUUACAGAUUGUAAAGUCUUAGGUGAUGAAGCAGUCAAGAAGACAAGAGAAGCGACAGAGAUCUCUAAAGGUGUGCUGGACUUCAGCAGUGGGAGUGACACAGAUGAUGAAGAAGUGCAGGGGCUAAAGAAAAACCAGAAUGGAGAUGAUAAGAGUGGGAAAGCUAGCACUAGUCCCAGAGCAAUGAGUCUCCUUCAGCAUGGCUUCUCCAGACUUCUGGAAAGGGCUCAAGAAAAGCUAGAGUCAGACAAGGGGGGCAGUGGUUCUUGUACCAAAGAUAGCUCCUUUGAAGAAGAUAUUGAAGACCAGAAUGUAGCAGACGCCUCUUCUGCAAUCUGCACGACUUCCAGUACAGGAAAUGGAGUCGUCUGCCUUCCCAACUCUGAAACAAAAACCGGGGACAAAUCCACUGGCUCAGACAGAAAGCAGGAAAAUAAUGGAAGCAAGAUUUUAUUGUUAAAAGAAAAGGAUGAUGCCACGAGAUGGAAACAGGGCCAAAAGCGAUGGACGGGCAAACAAACUGCAGCGGAUGACGAGAGCAAUGAGAGCGCCUCACCAGAAAGCAAGAAAUCUAAUAAGCUCAAAUCCACUUUCCCCAAAUCGCACCACUUCGACGCUUACUCAGACGAAUCAGAGGAUUUAGACCUGGAGGUGAAGACAUGCUCUAAAACGGGUUUCGGUUUGGACAAAGGAGGAGGAGAUGGAGGAUGGGGAAAGUUGGGUCACAACAAAAGAAGACACAAGGCCAGUGUGAGGGAUAGGGCAAGAGCCAAACACACAGAAGACAUAGAAACAUUCACYUCUUCAGAGGAUGAACAAACAGCCAAAAUACCAAAAGCUGUUUCGUUUACAAAUCUGAAAAGUCCGAAAUCUCCAGCUUCGAAAGGAAAAAAGCAAACCAUCGACAGCYUGCUAGGAGGUGUACAAGAGGUGGCGUACACACACUCUAACCAGCACGUGGUGGGUGGCAGCAAAGCCGAGGAGCUGAUCAGUAGAGCUGCUGUACGAGACGUGUUUGAACGUAAAAUGUACUCGCAGCUCCCAGCCAAUCAUCUACUGGGUACUCAGGAGAGUCUACCAGCAAGUCUACCAGACAGCCAAUCCUGCACCCUCUCAGGUCAGCUGCAGAAGCCCAAAGUAGAUCAUCCGGUCAUCUUCACCAGCAAAAGUGUGCAUCAGUCUGGACGGACAACAGUCAUCAUUGGAGAGACGCCCAAAGCCAUACGCAGACAACAGCUUGAGGAAAUGGCAGAACAAUUCAAAUAUCCCUCAGUCCGCGAGUUUGCCACUGAGGUCCUGAGAAGAGACUCGCCUCGCAGGCUGACCUUGCUACGUCAGUAUUACACCUCACUCAACCACUCUGACGUGUCGAACACAAUCACAGAAAACUUCCCAGAACCUGCUUCAGCACAAACAACCUCUACGGCUGCUGCCUCGUCAUCGCCCACAAAAAGAGCUGCCAGAAAUCAGCAUCCAGAGACCAAAAAUCGACAAAAAGAAUCUCUAAGAACCACAAAAUCUGUGAAAUGCGCUCAGAGGAARCUGAAAGCUCCACAAAGUAACGUUCCUUUGCCACGAAUAGGAUCUCGCAGUUUACAAAACGAUGAUCUCGAACCUCCCAAAAAGCAAAAGAUGUUACAAAAGAAUGUGCAGGAUCCCCUCCGGGAUGUUCCAGAGUCAGAGGAGCAAGAGGAGAUGGUCUGCAAGAGGACAAAGAAGAGCAGUGUUUGUAGUUCUCCAGCGCACAGGGCUGGUGGUGGUCUCAGCGUCGAUCAGGCCAGCAGCUGUGGUCUGGAGUCCGGGGAGGCUGCUGCCUCUCUGAGCCGCACAGACAGAGAUGCCCCUUCUCCUUCUGACCUCAGCCGUCGCAGCUCCGCCGUGUCGUCCAAACCCGCCGSACAAGAAGCAGAGCAGGAGCUGAAAUCACCGCUGAGCACAGGAGAGAAUUCUCAGCCUCCUUCUACCUCCUGCAGUCAGUCCCUCCUAAUAGACCUUAUAGGAGACACAUCCAUUCUAGAUGACUUACUAAAACCAAAGACCAAGUGUUCACAACAAAAACACACCCCUGAGACACGCCCCGCAUCAUCAGCGUCACUAAGCGCACGUCUCGUCAAACCUCCGCCAUCCAACCUAACGCUAGAGGCUGAUUUACGCUCGCAAACUACACAACAGGUCGCUACACCAGCGCGGGAAACAAAGAGUGGCCGCAAAGACAUCUGGGACAUCCUKAACGAGGGUAACGAAGAGAGCAUCAACAGGUUAACGGAUCCCGAGGAACUGCAGAGAGUUUGUGUCAACGCCAGCUUCGCAGCGAGACGUUUUCCCAAACAAACUGAGAGCAAGAGCCUGUGGAAAACGAACGAGAAGUUCCUGUGGAAGAAAUGACACAGACGAAGCCUUUUUAGAUUAAGAGUUGACAUUUUUUUUAUUUUAUUUGAAAAUUUCCAAGACCCUUGCCAUCAUUAAGUGCCGUAGUUGAGCCGACUGAGUCCUGAUGAUAUCAGACCCCUCUAUCAGUAUUUUAUAGUUUUAAUUUUUCAACAUCAGUUCGUUUUUUUAGGCAACAUAACAUAUUUAGAAAUUAUAAAAUCUGAUUUGGAAUAGGUAAAGUUGCAUAGAAAGAAUAUUCUCUUGCUAAAAAUUAGAUUUUAAAGCUCAGUUUUCAUAUUUAUUUUACCUUCACGACAGUCAGUACUUUGUCAUUGCACAGGUUCUGAUUAAAAGAUGUACCACUUGUGUUAAUAAAUACUUUCCCUUGUUGUAAAGUGGUACCGAAGUUCCUAUUAAAAAAAUGUCAGAACUGAACAAUGAAUGUUCAAAAAAUUUUAAAUAUUUGCAAAUUUUUUUCUACUUGUAUUUUCUUUUCCUGGACAACAACGUAAAACAGGAGAACAUUUGGUGUACAAACGUAAAAUAUUUAAGAAUAAAAGUGCAAAAUGCUUGAUAACUGA